CAUAUUUACAACAUUUUCUAAAAUCUCUAAAGAUAAUCCAAAGAUCAGACAAUGGCAACAAACGCUUGCAAGUUCCUUUACCUCGUUCUCUUAGUCGCCUUUGUCACCCAAGGGUAUGGGGAUGAUUUUUAUUCUCUCAAGAGCCUAUUUGUGAGACAAUCGAAGACCGGAAAAAUGGUUAAUAACAAACCGGAGUGGGAAGUGAAAGUGCUGAAUUCUAGUCCCUGCUAUUUCACUGAUACAAAGUUGUCUUGUGUCGGUUUCCAAUCGGUUACACCCAUCGACAGUAAGGUGAUAUCAAAAUCCGGUGACACGUGUCUCCUCGCCAACGGUGUCCCUAUCCAUGAUUUCAGUUUCAAAUACAUCCGGAUCGGAGCGGUGAGGACAGGGAGAGAAAUCGCCGGACAGCCGGAGUGGAAAGUGACGGUAACCAACACGUGCAAUUGUUUUCAGAAGCACGUGACUCUGUCUUGCGGAGGGUUUGCUCCUGCGAAGCCUGUCAAGCCAUGGCUGCUUCAGCCACAAGGAAACACGUGUCUUCUGAUUAAAGGAGCAUCUUUGCCAGCUGGCUCCACCGCUCAGUUCACUUACGCCGGCCAGCCUUACAUCUUCAGACCCGUUGGUUCCAAGGUCGACCCAAGUUGCAAGAAUUGAUUUUUUUUUUUGCUGUUACAGCUUCUUUAAAACAUUUGUGGGUAAGGUUAUCAGAAUUCUUGUAACUCAAGGAAGAAACGUUUUAAUUUCUUAUUCUCCAAGAAACUGAAUUAUGACUC